AAGUAUCUCUUCUGGUCUUGAAAUUCUUUCUGAAGUACCUCCCAUAAUUCUCUUCUGGAUAUUGAGUUAAACAAAGCCACACCUACUCAGAACCAAAAAACUUUCCUCGUUCUAAUAAUGUCUACUGCAUGAGGUCAUUUUGCAGAAACCUCAUUGGAGUUAUUCAAGUGUGUUCAGUUUACUCAAGGAUUGAUAUCGGAAGCUUCCUUUCUAUAUAAGACCUUGGACAAGAUGAGCUUUCUACAGACUAUCUCCUUACUGGAAGCCUCAUAAUUCUGCAAGAAUGAAAACCUUCUUGGCCUGCCUUCUUGUUCUUUCUGUUAGCGUGACAGCGUCCAAUGCUUCCUGCUACUUUCUGCCAUUGAAUCCAGUGAAGCGUGGAGAUGAGAUUAUAGGCAGCUAUGACAAGAAGGGAGAGCCACAUGAAUUCAAUUCUCAUUGGAAGACUGAAGACUGCUUAGAGUGCUCCUGUUUAAAGUUUGGGAUCAGCUGCUGCACCACCUAUGCAAGACCAGUUAAUUUUGACGAAGAGAAAUGCAUAAGCAUAUUCAACAAUACUGCCUGUGUUUAUGAAGUAGUGGAGAAAGCUGAUCACUCAAAAACAUGCGAAGUACAUGAAUGGAUGGGCUAACCAAGGAGAGGCAUGGAUGUGGGGGAGACACCCUCUUUUCAUUUCAGGGGUUCUCUCUCACAAAUAAAAAAAAAAAAAAAAAAAAAA